AUGUCAUCGAAAUCAUUAAAACGAAAUCUACAAAUACCUUCUACAUCAAGUAAACAACCUAAGAUUGAACUCAUAUCUGAACGACAUUCCGAUCUAUCAGAAGAUGAUAUAAUUCGUUCACGUCUUGCUUAUGAAGGUGAUCAAGGUAGUGAUGAUCGACGUAUAUUAACAUUAAUGAAAAUGUUCAAUAAAUCAACAAAUGAUAUAUCAUCAUUAGAAAUAGAAAAAUUACAAUCAUUACUUUAUUCUAUUGAACAUUCAUAUCGUCUCUUAAAAGCAACGAGAGAUAUGGAUGUUCAUGAACAAUUAUGUUACACAAUAAAAAUUAAAAAAAUGUAUGAAAAAAAUAAGCAAUUACGUUAUAAACGUGCUCUAAGUAAAAAACGUUUAAUUGAAGCUGAAAGAAAACGUUCGAAUUUACUUGAAUAUAAUCGUCGUAUAGAUUCAAUUAAUAAAUUAGGUACAAGAAAAGAAUUAAGAGCACAACAAGUAGCAACAUUAGAAAGAAAACGUUAUUUUGAACAUCUUCAACAAACAUUUGAAACAAAUUAUCGACAAAGAUUAAAACAAAUAGCUAUUUAUAUGCGACCUAUAUUAGAAUUUGAUGAAAUUCUAAGACAAGAUGCUCAUGAAGAUGGAAUGAAUGAAUUUUCUAAUGAGCUACAAGCAUUAUCGUCCAUGUUAUCAAUAAUAAAAACUGAAAGACCACGAACAUAUUCUGAUUCAUCUAUGGCUUCAAUCGAUGGAGACGAUAAUAUGCUUACAAUUCAUUCGAAAAAAGAACCUAAUAAAAAUCGUUUAGAAAUGAUUUCUUUAUCAUUAGCGAAUAAUCAACCGCAACCGUUAUUUUCAAAUGAUAUUGAACUAUAUGGUACACAACUUGUUAAUCCGUUACUCGUUUUGUCGUCUUCUUCUUCUUUGAACGUAGAAUGA